AUGGACUUGAUGGACGCUGUGAUAAUAUUAGAUACGUUGCUUUAAUAUCGAUCAAUUUUAGGCGAAAAGUUCCGCAAUUUUAGUUCCUUUAUCCUAAGAUUUUUGAUAUUUUUCUAAACUGUUCAGAAAAUACUGCACUUAGCAGUUUUUGUGAUUUUGUUUCUCCCACGAGGUUUGAAUUGUCACGUGUAUUUUUUUACUGUGCCGGUUGUUGUGAUAAGCAUUCGGUCUAGAUUGAGACGUUUGUUUUCUUUUUGCGGUUUGUUUGUUGCGUGUUGAUUGGAAACUCUUUUGCAUUGAUAGUGGAUGAAUCGAAUUUCUAGUGAGACGAACUCUGGAGUGAAACGCAUAAUUGCCUUAAAUUUCCUAAGAAACGAUGCGAUCGUCUUGAAAGGUUGGCACUCUGGGAGUGGGCAGAAAUGCAUACACCUGCAAGGGUAAAUGAUGGAAUAAUUGUUGAUCUAUCCGACCAACAAUGACCGAGGAUGGUUACUGGAAUUAAAAACAGGAUCAGAACUGCAGGAGAUUAUAUUUACCAGGUAAUGUACAAGCCACUUUGAUCCAGAAAAUUAUAUUGAAGCAAAGCAAGUUCUACAACGAUUGCGUAGAUUUUGCAAGAAAGCUCGGCGUAAAAUUAUUCUGUGCAGGAUGGUACUACGUGACCGGAUAUCUGUUUGAAAAUAGUAGAAGAAGUAUAGUAUAUGAAGUCACGCACACGGGAUUGCAUCAAUGUGUCGAAGAAAAUUAUGUUUCCAAGUCCGAGAAUCCAUUGUAGGAGUGGCAGUGCCAGUGACUGACGUCACGAUGCGCAUGUUGCUGCUGCUGAGAUUGGUGUUAGCGGCAGCGGGUGUGCUGCUGGCGAGUGCGAACUCGCAGAAAAACUCGAAUUACUCGACUCACGACGAGAUGCAACACCAGAUCGAUUCUCAGGAACGCAAACAAGCACUUGUAGGAUUGGAGGCCAGCCUCCUUUCUCUACUCGGCAUGUCGAAAAGGCCCAGGCCCGCGGGUUCAGCUCACGUUCCUGCAUCCCUCAAAGAACUCUAUAUUCGCCAAAACUCCAUCGGAAUGGCCAAUAUCGCCAAACGAGGGAUUCAUGCUAGUUCAGCAAACACCGUUCGUGCCUUUAAUCAUAUCGACAGUGAGUUGGACCACAAGUUCCAAACCCCUCACAGGUUUCGACUCCACUUUGACGUAAGCGGGGUCCCAUCCCACGAAAAGCUGCAAGCCUCGCAGCUAAGUCUUUCGAGGGUAUCUCUCCCAGACGACGGUAGAGAAGGUCGUCGCGCAGUGCGGAUAUUAGUCCAUGACAUCAUGCGACCCGGGGUCAAGGGACGCAGCAAGCCCAUUUUAAGGCUGAUCGACAGUCAGGUGGUGGACGCUCGCAAGAACACGUCAGUCAGUCUAGACGUGCAACCAGCUGUGGAGAGGUGGCUGCUGAGUAAAAGAGGAGCUGAGGAGAACCACGGGCUGCUGGUCGAGGUCGUGGGUGCCCACUCUGACCAGGCAGGGAAGCAUGCCGAGCACGUGAGGCUAAGGCGUAGCGUCAACGAGUCUCCCGACUCCUGGGUUACUGCUCAGCCAACGCUCUUCACCUACACGGACGACGGCAGAGGCAAAAUGGCCACCGCCAAGCAGAUUCUCGAUCGGCGAGCUAAGCGUGCUGCAGCACGCGGUAAGAAUCGCACGAAAAACAGCAGGGAUAACUGUCGAAGACAUCCGCUCUACGUCGAUUUUGUUGAUGUCGGUUGGAACGACUGGAUCGUCGCUCCGCCUGGAUACGAUGCCUUUUACUGCCACGGCGAUUGUCCGUUUCCUCUCGCCGAUCAUCUCAACUCGACGAACCACGCCAUCGUCCAGAAUCUCGUUUACUCGACAAACCCCAGCAUGGUCCCCAAGGCCUGCUGCGUCCCCACAGCCCUCAGCUCCAUUUCCAUGCUCUAUUUGGACGAGGAGAACAAGGUGGUCUUAAAGAACUAUCAGGACAUGGCGGUGCUUGGUUGCGGCUGCCGCUGAGGCUGAGCUGAAGAGUCAAGAGCUGCUGAAGAAACCGAGAACUCGAGAAGAGGAAUCGAGAGGAAUGCCGAGUCGAGUCGGCCCGAGAAAUUCUGCAGGUAGGCGAGCCACCAGCGAGAAAAGGAGGGAAGAAGAAUAUUUAAAGAGAGAGGUAGAAACUCCUGGCAGCCCAAGACUUGCGUUCGAACAGAUUGGAAUGGAUUGGAAUGAGUACGCUGCGACUUGUCCCCACUUUCAUCCUUACCUCCGACUUACUUGCUCGUUAGAACGAAUGGCGAAUGGCGCUGCCGCAUUCUCCACAGUUUCAGUAAUUAACAAACGCGGCGGCCUAUGAACUAAGAGACCGAUAGGCAAAGUCGUGGCAAAGCCAAACCUCCUUGGACGCGCGUAAUUUAUUAAUAAGGCUGUAGCGAAAACCGGUAUAGAUUUAUUUAGCCUCCGCGGAUAUGCUGUUCUGUUCGAAAAGACCAAUGUGUGCGCAUGUCUGUAUAGAUGAUUGGAUUUUUUUAGCCUGUGUCUGUGUGUGUGUAAGAGAGAGAGAGAGAGAGAGCGCGAAAGCUCUGGGAGAUGGAGUCGAGGAUUUCCUCGCUGGAUGCGAUCCAGCGGGAUUCGAAUCGCCGCGCCGCAGGCGAUUCUGGAUGGAAAAGUAGCGUCCGGUACACGCGCCACUCGCAAGAAUGCGUGUACGUUCGCUCUACGUUGCGUCACUGACAGUCAACAACCCGAUGCAUGUGCGCGAGCGUAAAAUCGGUAAUUUUCCGAUUCCCGAGUGCGACGUUACUGGUCGAAUUAUUAUGACGGGCGGAGGUGUCUUUUUGUUUUAUACGAGCAAGGAGCAACAUGAAUGAUGCAAUGUCUUCCUCCUAGUGAUCUCGAGAAAAUCGAAGAAAUCGAGAUCCGAGAGACGAGCUUAGACUGUGUUUAGACUUAAAGAAAAAGGCGCUGUGACGCCGUGAGUCUUCUUUAAAAAAAAAGAAAAAGCGUCUUGCUUUGGACUACUGUCUUUUUUAUGAACGCGAGUAAUAUAUUUAUGUAUGUGAUUCCGUAUUACAAAAUUAAAUAUUUAACGUAAACCGUACCUGCUUAAGGAUUAUUAUUUAUUAUUUUUGCUAACGAAUUUUUAGAAAGCGCGUGUAUAUUUGUACAAAUUUUUGUUAAUAUUAUGAGUAUCUGUCUAGCUGCGAUGUAAAAUGUGUGAAUAGGUAACUAUAUGUACACACUGUAAAUAAAAGCGUGUCUUGUAAAGUAUCGUGUAUCGUGUAUAUUUUAAAGAGAAUACAAAUGUUUACCGAUGUUCGUAUAGUUUUCCAUUGUACAUAAGGAAUAAAUCCGAAACUUGGUAA